CACAUACAUACACCCCAAAACUGAGACAAAAUAGAAAAGCCCUUCAUGAAACAGUUACCACUUUGGAUCUUUGGAGCACGGGGUAUCCUGUUUUCCUGGGCCGUGUUCACUCAUAAUUGUUUCCAGUAAAACACUCUCAUUCCCUUUGCUUAGAAAAGCCAACAGUCAUUAAAUCUUUACAUUAUGAAUAAGCAGGAAACAGGUGAGUAAGUUCAAAGUCCCACUUCCUGGCUGCUCUCUCGCUCGUUUUUCUUGUAAGCAUGUGUGUCCUAACCACCCUUACUAUGCUUUGUCAGAAAGGAAAAACCCAUCAGGCACUUCCUCUUCUGCACUCUCGCUGAACAAAGACGUUUGGAUCAACAGGAGCAGCCUUGCUGUCAAACUAAAAGGAGAGAGAGAGAAACUUACUUUUAAAAUGACUUUCCUUCAUCCUUCAAGAGGAAGGCAACUGGACUGCUUGACCAGUUUCUUAGGAUGAACACCGGCUUCACGGGAAGGAGACAUCUUUGGCAUUCCCAUUUGGAAAAAAAAAUCUACUGAGAUCUAGAAAAGUUGGAGCGCUUUGACUGAGAACAAUGAACUUCAUAAAGGAGAACAGUCAAUCCCUCAUUCAGAGGAUGAACAUCGUAGUUACCAAGCAAAUCUCAGACGAUCUGUUUGCACGAAGCGUUCUCAACUAUGAAGAAGUCGCCAAUAUUUGCUGUAAGAAGGUAGAUCAGGACGCUGCACGAGAAAUCAUUCAUAUGAUUCUGAAGAAGGGCUCAGAGGCCUGCAGCCUCUUUCUUAAGUAUCUUGAGAAGUGGGACUCUACUAUGUAUCAGGACUUAACUGGACAAAGUAUUUUUCAUCAGAACACAGAUGAAGACUUGGAUGUCCUGGCUCAGAAUUUAAAAUACUUAUAUGACAGCCCCGCCUUUCUGAACUUCUACCCCCUGGGUCAAGAUAUCGACAUCAUUUUUAAUCUGAAGCGCACCUUCACGGAACCUGUCCUGUGGAGGAAGGACCAUCGUCAUCACCGUGUGGAGCAGCUAACCCUGGGCAGUCUUUUGGAGGCUCUCCAGAGCCCCUGCCUCAUUGAAGGGGAGUCUGGCAAAGGGAAGUCCACCCUGCUACAGAGAAUUGCCACGCUCUGGGCCUCUGGGGAGUGCAAAGCUCUGAACAGGUUCAAACUGGUCUUCUUUGUCCGCCUGAGCAGCGCAGGCUGCGGACUGUUUGAAACAGUGUGUGAUCAGCUCCUGACUGUACCCGACUCCAUUAGCAAGUCAGGGUUCAUGGCCAUGCUGGUGAAACUGCAGCAGAAAGUCCUCUUUCUCCUCGAUGGUUACAACGAAUUCCAGGCCCAAAACUGCCAGGAAAUCGAAGACCUGAUAAAGCAAAACCAUCGUUUCAAGAACAUGGUCAUUGUCACUACCACCACCGAGUGCCUGAGACAUAUCAGACAUGUUGGCGCCUUGACUGCCGAGGUUGGGGAUAUGACAGAAGACAGUGCCCAGGUUCUCAUCCAAGAAGUACUGAUAAAGGAGCUGGCUGACGGUCUGUUAUCCCAGAUCCAGGUGUCCAAGUGCUUGAGAAAUCUGAUGAAGACCCCUCUCUUUGUGGUGAUCACCUGUGCAAUCCAGAUGGGCAGGAAGGAAUUCAAAGAUUACACACAAACCACGCUGUUCCAGACCUUCUACGACCUCCUGAUAAAGAAAAACAAGCAUAGACACAGAGGUGGGGCUGAGAGUGAUUUUGUUAGGAGCCUAGACUGCUGUGGAGACCUGGCCCUGGAGGGCGUGUUCUCCCACAGGUUUGCCUUUGAGCCUGAGGAUCUGUCCAGCAUGAACGAGGAUGUCCUGGUGGCCACUGGGCUCCUCUGUAAGUACACAGCUCAGAGGCUGACAGCCAAGUAUAAAUUCUUUCAUAAAUCAUUCCAAGAAUACACAGCAGGGCGCAGACUUAGCAGCUUGUUGAUUUCCAGAGAACUGGCCGAGGUGAGCAAGGGAAAUGAGUAUCUGAAGAGAAUGGUUUCCAUCUCCGACAUCACAUCCCUGUACGGCAAUCUGCUCCUCUACACGUGUGGGUCAUCCACAGAAGCCACCAGGGCUGUCUUGAGGCACCUUGCACUGGUGGCUGAGCAUGGCAGCUUACAAGGGCUUUCUGUCCCCAGGAGGCCUCUCUGGAGGCAGGAAUCUCUACAGAGCAUGAGAGACACCACUGAGCAAGAUCAUCUGAAAGCCAAGAAUGUAAAUUCUUUUGUGGAGUGUGGCAUCAAUUUAUUCUCUGAGAGCAUAUCUAAAUCAGCCCUGAGCCAAGAAUUUGAAGCUUUCUUUACCGGUAAAAGUUUAUUCAUCGACUCAGAGAACAUUCCUGAUUACUUAUUUGACUUCUUUGAACAAUUACCUAAUUGUGUAAGCGCACUGGACUUCGUGAAGCUGGACUUCUAUGGAAGGGCUACCGCUUCCCAGGACAAGGCUGUCGAGAACAACCCUGGAGUCCACAUGGAAGGCCCCUCAGAAACCUACAUUCCCAGCAGGGCUGUGUCUCUGUUCUUCAACUGGAAGCAGGAAUUCAAGACUCUGGAGGUCACUCUCCGGGAUAUCAGCAAGUUGGAUAAACAAGACAUCAAACAUCUGGGGAAGAUAUUCAGCUCCGCCACCAACCUUCGGUUGUACAUCAAGAGAUGUGCGGCUGUGGCUGGAAGUCUCAGCUCAGUCCUCCGGACUUGUAAGAACAUCUAUUCCCUCGCUGUGGAAGCCAGUCCCCUCACCAUAGACGAUGAGCAGCACAUCACGUCUGUGACAAACCUCCAGAACCUGAGCAUCCACAGCUUGCAGACUCAGGGGCUGCCAGCCAAAGGCCUGGGAAACCUGAAGAAGAUGAGCUUAUUUCAUCUGACUCAUUUGUCUGAUAUCGGGGAGGGGAUGGAUUCCAUAAUUGAGUCUCUGUCGGGAGAACCCUGUGACCUGCAAGAGAUGAAGUUGGUGGCCUGCUGUCUGACGGCGAAUUCUGUGAAAACCCUAGCACAGAAUCUUCACAAUUUGGUCAAACUGAACGUUCUCGAUAUAUCAGAAAACUAUCUGGGAAAGGAUGGAAAUGAAGCUGUACAGGAACUGAUUGGCAGGCUCAGCAUUCUGGAACAGCUAACCACACUGAUGCUGCCAUGGUGUACAGAUGUGCUCAUCACCCUGCCCAGCCUGCUGAAGCAGCUGGAGGUGGUCCCAGGGCUCCUCAAGCUUGGACUGAAAAACUGGAGACUCGGGGAUGCAGAGAUCAGAAGUAUAGGUGACUUUCUGGAGAUGAAUCCUCUGAGAAACCUGCAGCAGUUGGAUUUAGCGGGAAACCGUGUGAGCAGUGAUGGAUGGCUUUCCUUCAUGAACGCAUUUGAGAACUUUAGACAACUAGUAUUUUUUGACUUUAGUACUGAAGAAUUUUUACCAGAUGCUUCAUUGGUGAGAAAACUUAGUCAAGUAUUAUCAAAGUUACCUGUUCUGCAAGAAGCUAGGCUCACUGGGUGGGAGUUGGAUGACUAUGACCUCAGCAUCAUUAAAGGCACUUUUAAGCUAUUAAUUGAUUAAAGGAACCCAAAGCCACCAAGUACCUCAGAGACUCCUUCACUUUUAGUGGAUGAUAAAAAAAUUCUUGGAGAAAGGGACUGGAGACG